AUGGAAAUGAAAGCUGUAGCAGCUAACUCCAGCUCCCCGAGGAAGCACCAGAGUACCUUUGAUGAGGAUGAUGAGAUGGACCCUUUAAACGCCGGCAAUCCGGACAACGAGGAGAAGGCAAGGCCGCAAGGAGGCUCUGCUGAACAGUGGUCGGUAUCGAGUGUGGAUCAAAGUCUUUCGCCCAAUGCGCCAGUGCCAGGUAGGGCGGUCCGCUUCCGGAAGUUCCAUGUCAGCCAGAUGGAGAACGUGAGCAUUCUGUUCGCCGACAUUGUGGGCUUCACCAAGAUGAGCUCAAACAAAUCAGCUUCGCACUUGGUCUAUCUCCUUAACGACCUGUUUGGACGGUGA